CCCCACGGCCCCGCGACGUUGGCUUGCGCUCAGGAGCCGUGGAGGGCGAGGCAUGAAACGUGAAAACGAGGGUUGGGACGAGCACUGCCGGGAACACUGGAGGUCCUUGCAAGGAGUGGACUUGUUAAAUGGAGUGGGCGGAACCUGCAACAUAUUGAAGAGCCUGACGGGGCGGGGUCUUGGGUGGCGACUGGCUCCAGUCCUGAUGGGCGGGGCCGUCAGGGGGCGGAGCCGCGCGUGUAAAGUUUAGUCUGGUCCCUCGUGCUAAGUAGUAUGGCCCAUCGCACUCUGGCCUCCACCCCCGCCCUCUGGGCCUCCAUCCCCUGUCGACGCUCUGAGCUGCGCCUGGACCUGGUCCUGGUUUCUGGGCAGUCCUUCCGGUGGAAGGAGCAGAGCCCUGCACACUGGAGUGGCGUGCUGGCGGACCAAGUGUGGACACUGACCCAGACGGAGGAGCAGCUGUACUGCACCGUGUACCGCAGAAACAAGAGUCACGUGGGCAAGCCCACGCCAGAGGAGCUGCAGACCCUGCGCCAGUAUUUCCAGCUGGAUGUCAGUCUGGCUCAACUGUAUAACCAUUGGAGCUCCGUGGACCCUCACUUCCAAAAGGUGGCCCAGAAAUUCCAAGGUGUGCGGCUUCUGCGGCAGGACCCUGUCGAGUGUCUUUUCUCCUUCAUCUGCUCUUCCAACAACAACAUCACCCGCAUCACUGGCAUGGUGGAACGCCUCUGCCAGGCCUUUGGACCUCUGCUCAUCCAGCUAGAUGAUGUCACCUACUAUGGCUUCCCCACCCUGCAGGCCUUGGCUGGGCCCAAGGUGGAGGCCCACCUGCGGAAGCUGGGCUUAGGGUACCGUGCCCGCUACGUGAGUGCCAGUGCCCGAGCCAUCCUGGAAGAACAGGGCGGGCUGCCCUGGCUGCAGCAGCUGCGUGAAGCCCCGUACGAGGAAGCCCACAAGGCCCUCUGCACCCUGCCUGGUGUGGGCCCCAAGGUGGCUGACUGCAUCUGCCUGAUGGCCCUCGACAAGCUCCAGGCCGUGCCAGUGGACAUCCACAUGUGGCAGAUUGCCCAGUGUGACUACAAUUGGAACUCCGCCACGAGCCAGGCCAAGGGUCUGAGUCCCCCAGCCAACAAGGAACUGGGAAACUUCUUCCGGAAUCUGUGGGGCCCUCAUGCUGGCUGGGCCCAAGCGGUGCUGUUCUGUGCUGACCUACAGCAGCCACGCCGGGCUCAGGAACCACCAGCCAAGCGCAGAAAGGGCUGCAGAGGGCAGGAAGGCUAGACGGAAACACUGGACCUCCCUUCCUCUCUCCCCAAGGCUGGAUGUUGGGGAGGGGGGCUCCCUGGAGCUACCUCGGGGGCUGUGCACCCC